AUGCCUAUAUGUAAAUCUUGCGAGCAGCCGCUUGUACUCGAAUUGGAUCCGGAGUCAUUCGAUGAAGAGACCUCUUCAUCUGUUGGUGAAGCCUCUUCCGCUCCAGACGACCUGCUCCUCAGAUGCGGCUGUCACUUUCACUGGCAAUGUCUCCUCGACGAGUCUCCCCAAAUCGCUCUUGACCUCGCUUGCCCGGCUUGCCAAAACUCCAUCGUAUCAACCCGCCCAGGUCCUUCCGCUACAAACUCCAUAGUACCACCUGCAUCGCCUCUGCCUCAAGUCAUCACGAGAUAUCAUAAUGAAGGUGGUCUUCAAGAAAAUCUUGACAUCCUGCCACUAAUUACCGAAGAGGCCUAUCUGGAUGCUAAUCCUGCUGCUAGACCAGCCAGGGCUUUCAUGACCAUGUGUGGAGAAGGUGAUGUUACAGGUGUUGUGGAGCUGCUGAAAGCACUCCAAGAGGAACCCGACGAGGGCGACAUGUCACCAGCCGAGCUAUUGAGAUUCCAAGAUCCUCUUGAUGGUAUGAAGACCGGCUUACAUGUUGCUAUCGAGAGAUCCCAGCAGGAAGCUGUCUGGCUUCUGCUCUGGCUUGCUUCAUCCUUGGAAACCGAUGCUUUCCCAGAUGAGGUGACCCGAGCUGCCGAAAGCCUCGAGGUUGGAAGAGAGACUGUUGGAACCGCUGAUAUUAGGGCUUUGAGGGACGAACAAGCACGCAAUGCGGAGGAGGUGGCUGCGGAAAUGGGCGAUUUGUGGGCAGAAUUUCUAGCCGGGGGGUUUCUUAGGGGUUGA